AGAGAUAGCUAUAUUGUUUGCCUGCUGAAGCGAUUCUAAGAUGUUUAUAGUGAAUUAAGACUUUCUCUCGUAAAUAUUAGUGAAGAAAUAUACUACAGGACGUUUAAAUGUGUAUUUUAUUUUUUAAAGAAAGUGAUGUGUGUAUAUUUCAAAGUUAUAUUGUGAUUAAGGUAUAAGUACUGGGCCGCGUUAGAAGCCGCUUUGUUCGAUUUUCAAUAUGGCCGCUACCGGGUUUGUCUGUCAAAACGUUAAUAGUAGCAUAUCAGUAAGACGAUUCUAUUUUAAAGUAAUUUAUAAGGUUUAUAUAAACUGCAUCUAAAAUGAAUUUUAAAAAUAAUUGACAACACCAAAUGUGUAGCUAUAUUCAUCUAAUUUAUGUGAUUGAUUACCUACUAAAAUAAGGCAACCAAAACAAAUUCUUUAAGCAUAAUAAUAAAUAAAGAAAGAAGUACAAAGAAGUUAUUAAAUACAGUGACAUUCUUUUAUGGUGCUAAUCAAAUAGACAAAAUAAUCGUAGUGGGUGUUCGCAAUGUCACACUAUGAACGGGCGCGAUGAUACCGCCCCUGUGUUUUCGACAGUUCCAGCUGUAUUACCCAUGGGUGUGGAGCGCAGUGGGAGCGGGGGCGGCGGCGUCGCGGGCGCGCCGGGCGCAGCCGCCGCUCUCAACGGCGCCGCCCCGGCCGACCGGGCCGACGAGCCACCUCGUAAGCGGCCCAAGCUAGUCCUCACCGAUGAUAUAUCCUCACUUCGUAAACGAAUACUCGAAUACAAGUUGCUUCGACUAAAAAAUUUACGGGAUAGGUAUACAGAGCAGCUCAGCGAGCUGUACUUCCUGCAGGCGGGCGGGAACAUGAUGGACUAUGCGACAUGGCGCAAAAAGCCUCCGGCACCUCAGUUGGUUGCGUUCCUAGAGGCUCGGCGGCCGCCACCGGCCAUCCCGCCGCCGCCGGAGCCGCCCCCGGCGCCGUGCACCGCACCGCCCGCUCCGCCGGCCGCGCCCGAGCCCGAGCCGCCCGCGGCGCCCCCCGCGGCGCCCGCGCCCGCGCCCCCCGCGCCUCCCGCGCCCCUCGCGCCCGCCGACGAGAUGGUGGAGAAGGCCAAGCAGGAGGCGUACGUGGCGUCGCGCGUGGCGGAGCUGGUGCGCUCGGGGCUGUGGACGGAGCGCCGCCUGCCGCGCGUGCUCGAGCCGCCGCGCCCCAAGACCCACUGGGAUUAUCUGUUAGAAGAGAUGGCGUGGCUCGCACAAGACUUUGCACAUGAACGCAAGUGGAAAAAACAGGCAGCAAAAAAGUGUGCUAGAGCAGUUCAAAAAUAUUUCCAAGACAAAGCUGUAGCAGCCCAAAAGGCAGAAAAAGCGCAAGAAUUACAACUAAAAAAAAUAGCAGCAUUUGCAGCAAAAGAAAUAAGAACAUUUUGGGCCAAUGUGGAAAAGCUCGUUGAAUGGAAACGCGUCCAGAGAGUGGAGAGAGCCCGGAAAGAAGCGCUCGACGAGCAACUCAGCUACAUCGUCGACCGCACGGAGCGAUACUCGCGGCAGCUGGCCGCCAACCUGCACUCGGCGGGGGCCGGCGACGCGCCCGACACGCCGCCCUCCGACGACGAGUUCCAGCCGCGCGGCGACUCGGACGACGACGAGGAGACCAUCGCCGCCGCCGAGCGCGAGGCCGCGCAGUCGGCGGGCGAUCACCGCGACGAGCUAGCCGCGCUGCGCCGCGAGUCGCGCCUGGCGCUCGGCGACCUGCUGCCGCCCGGCUACGUGCCCGCGCACUCGCCGCCGCCCUCCGACUACGGGCCCGACGGCGACUCGGCCGACGACGAGGCCACCAUCGCCGAACAGGAGCGCGCCGAGCGGCCCGACGAGACCGCCGCCGAGCUGGCCGCGCUGCAGGACGAGGCCGACCUGGACCUGGACGAGCUGCUGCGCCGCUACCGCGCGCGCUCCCCGCGCUCCCCGCCCGCCGCCAGUGCAGCAUCCUCCACCGCCAGCGAGGUGGACGGCGACGAGGACGAGGACGACACCGACUCGGAAGACGACGAGUCGACGGGCUCCGAGCACCUGGAGGCGCUGAUGGACGGCGCGGACGGUGGGGCGGGCGGGGCGGUCGGCGCCGACGGCGGGGCGGGCGGCGACCAGGAGCAGGGCUCGCAGCGCGUGGAGGCGGCGGCGUCGCUGGCGGCGUCGCUGCAGCCCACCGGCACCACGCUGUCGGAGACGGCGGUGGGCACGCCGGUGCCGCGGCUGCUGAAGCACUCGCUGCGGGAGUACCAGCACGUGGGGCUGCACUGGCUGGCCACCAUGCACGCGCGCCGGCUCAACGGCAUCCUGGCGGACGAGAUGGGGCUCGGCAAGACCAUCCAGACGAUCGCGCUGCUGGCGCACCUGGCGCUGGAGCGCCGCGACUGGGGACCGCACCUCGUCAUCGCGCCCACCUCCGUGGUGCUCAACUGGGAGAUGGAGUUCAAGAAGUGGUGCCCCGCCUUCAAGAUUCUUACCUAUUACGGGACGAUCAAAGAGCGAAAGUUAAAACGCGUCGGUUGGACGAAAGCGAACUCUUUUCACGUGUGCAUAACCUCGUACAAACUAGUCGUUCAGGACCAUCAAAGUUUUCGAAGGAAACGGUGGAAAUAUUUAAUACUCGAUGAGGCCCAGAAUAUCAAAAACUUUAAAUCCCAGCGGUGGCAGAUGCUGCUCAAUUUUCAAACAGAGAGGCGUCUGCUGCUCACGGGCACGCCGCUGCAGAACAGUCUGCUGGAGCUGUGGUCGCUGAUGCACUUCCUGAUGCCCGACGUGUUCGCGUCGCACAGCGAGUUCCGCGAGUGGUUCGCGCCCGUCGCCGGCAUCGCCGAGGGCAGCACCCGCUACAGCGAGGCGCUCGUGCGGCGCCUGCACGAGGUGCUGCGGCCCUUCCUGCUGCGGCGCCUCAAGGCCGACGUGGAGCGCCAGAUGCCGCGCAAGUACGAGCACGUGCUCAUGUGCCGCCUCGCCAAGCGCCAGCGCUUCCUCUACGACGACUUCAUGUCGCGGGCCAAGACGAAAGAGAGUCUCGCCUCCGGCAAUCUGUUGAGCGUGAUCAACGUGCUGAUGCAACUGCGAAAAGUGUGCAACCACCCGGACCUGUUCGAGCCGCGGCCGGUGUCGUCGCCGCUGCAGCUCGCGCCGCUGCAGUGCCGCGUGCCCGCGCUCGCGCUCGUGGCCGCCGUCGCCGAGCGCGUCGCCGCCGCCGCGCGCCUCGGCGGCGACCUCGCCUCGCUCGAGGCGGCCGGCGCCGAGGCGUUCGCGGCGCACCGCGCGCGCCACCUGGCGCCGCCGCGCCGCCUCGUGGAGGAGCUCGCCGAGCGGCCCGCCGCCGCCGCGCCGCGCCCGCCGCCCGCCGCGCUGCGCCUGCACCUGCGGCUCGUGCCGCGCGCCCCGCCCGCGCGCGCGCCGCCGCCCGCCGCGCCGCCGCGCCUGGCCGGCGGGCCGGCGCCGAGCGCCCCGCCCGCCGCGCCGCCCGCGCGCCCGCCCGCCGGCGCGGCGGGCCGGCUGGCGGCGCACCGGCGCGGCUGCCUGCGCCGGCUGGCGGCCACCAACGAGCGGCGCUGCUGGCGACUGCCGCUGUUCGGCGCGGACCUGCGCGCCGCGCUCGCCGUGCCGCCGCCCGCGCUCUCGCUGGUGCCGCACAAAUCUAUCGAAGACGUUCUCACGGAGAUGCACGACGUUAUUGACCGGUUCAGCGUGUGCUGGGCGGCGGCGCGCGCGGGCGGCGUGGUGCUGGCGGCGGGCGGCGGGCCGGGGGCGCGGGCCUGGCGGCGGGCGGCGGGCCUGCUGGCCCGCGCGCUGGGCCCUCCGGCCCGCCGCGCGCUGGCGCUGCUGCACGCGCCCGCCGCGCGCCAGGCCGUCGCCUUCCCGCACCCGCGCCUGCUGCAGUACGACUGUGGCAAGCUGCAGACGCUGGACGGGCUGCUGCGGCGGCUGAAGGCGGGCGGGCACCGCGUGCUGAUCUUCACGCAGAUGACGCGCGUGCUGGACGUGCUGGAGGCGUUCCUGUCGCUGCACGGGCACACGUACCUGCGGCUGGACGGCGCCACGCGCGUGGACCAGCGCCAGCCGCUCGUGGACCGCUUCAACAGCGACGCGCGCGUGUUCGCCUUCAUCCUGUCCACGCGCAGCGGCGGCGUCGGCCUCAACCUCACGGGCGCCGACUCGGUCGUGUUCUACGACUCGGACUGGAACCCGACCAUGGACGCGCAGGCGCAGGACCGCUGCCACCGCAUCGGCCAGACGCGCGACGUGCACGUGUUCCGGCUCGUCACGGCCGCCACCGUCGAGGAGAACAUCCUGCGCAAGGCCGAGCAGAAGCGUGCGCUGGGCCACCUGGCCAUCGAGGACGGCCACUUCACCACCUCCUACCUGCGGGCGGCGAACAUCAAGGAGCUGUUCGGCGCGGAGGGCGGGGCGGGUGGGGCGGGUGGUGAGGGCGCGGGGGCGGGCGGGGAGGGCGGCGAGCUCGAGAGCGCGCUGGCGGCGGCGGAGGACGAGGCGGACGCGCAGGCGGCGGCGGCCGCGCGCGCCGAGGCGCAGGGCGAGCUGGCCGAGUUCGACGAGAGCGUGCCGCUCGACGACGAGCCGCGCGCGCCCGCCGACCGGGACGCGCCCGAGCUGCGCGCGCUCAUGGACCAGUUGACCCCCGUGGAAAAGUACGCGAUGAGAAUGGUGGAGACGAGCGAAGCGGCCACGGAGGCGGAGCGAGCCGCGCUCGGCGAGAUGCGGCGCCAGCUGCGCGAGUGGGAGCGCGCGCGCCGCGAGCUGCGCGACCGCGACCCGCCGCCCGCCAAGCCCGCCGACAGGCCCGCCGACCCGCUCACGUACAGCGCGGACGACGCGCGCGCCCAGGUGUGGGUGUGCGACGGAGACUCGUCCGAGAGGAUGCCGGUGUGGGGCCCGCCCACGCCGCCCUCCAGCGACGGCGACGUGUACUGCGACAGCUGGGCGCGCGCGCUGUACCGCCGCGGCGCCGCGCCCGACGCGCUGCUGCCGCCCGUGCGCUGGCGCGACCCGCGCGCCGCCCGCUCGCCGCGCCGCGCCCGCCCCGCGCGCGCCGCGCCCGCCCCGCCCUCGCUGUUCGAGCGCGCCGGCGCGCGGCCGCGGCCCCGCGCGCGCCCGCCGCCCGCCGCGCCGCGCGACCCGCCCGCGCCGCCGCCCGACUGGGCCGCCUGCGAGGACGCCGCGCUGCGCCGCGCGCUGCGCCUGCAGCGCCUGCCCGCCGAGCCGCCCGCCGCGCGCGCGCCCAACUGGGAGUGGCUCGCCGAGCUCGUCAACGAGGUGGCGCGCGCCUACCGCUCGCCGCGCGCCUGCCGCGACCGCCACGACGCGCUGGCCGACCCGGAGCGCGCGCGCCGCAAGCACCGCAAGCCGCCGCCGGCGCGCCGCCGCCCCGACGACGAGGCGCCGCGCCCGCCCACGCAGCGCCUGGACGCGAUGCGCGACGCGGCCGAGCGCCGCCGCGCCGCGCCCAAGCGCCGCCUCGACGACGCCGCGCACAGGAACCCCAAGCACGCGGCGCUCCUGGCGGACCACGGGGUCGAUUACGAGACUCCGCCGACCCCCAUGGAGGUGGCGACCCGACGGGCCGAAAGAAUCGCCAAAGAAAAGUUGAAGGCCGGCGGGGGCCCGGCGACGUCCUCGGCGCCCGCGGCGGGCUCGGCGCCGCAGCGCAUCGUGGUGGCGGCGCACGCGACGGGCGCGGCGCCCCCGGCGGCGCCCCGGCCCGAGCUGGUGCGGCGCGCGCGGCCGACGGGCGGCGCCCCCGCGCCCGCGGACACGCCUCGCUCUGCGGCUCCCGCGCAGCCCACGGCGCAACUGCUGUACCGACAGCAGCCGCUCGCCGGCCGACACCAGCUUAGAAUAUUACAUCACGCGGCUCCUGGCCAUCCGCAGAGCGUGGUGAGCAGCGCGGCGACGAGCAUCAGCACAGUGGAGGGGCCGAGCGGCGGCGGCGCGGCGGCGCUGCGCACGCUGCAGCUGCAGCAGCUGGCGCUGCGCCGCGCGCGCCCGCACCCGCAGGUCGUGUUCGCGCACCUGGCGCCCGCGCCCGCGCCCUCGCCGGCGCCCCCGCCCGCGGCGCCCUCGCCCGCCGCGCCCUCUUCGCCCGCGCCGGCGCCCUCGCCUGCGCCCUCCACCGCGCCGCCCGGCCAGCCCGCGACGCACGAUACGCACCACUGA